CCGACACCGGGACCGACACCGGGACUGACACCGGGAUCAGCACCGGGACCAGCACCGGGACCAGCACCGGAGCCUCCCCGGCUCCUCUGCAGCGCCGGGGCAGCCGCGGCCGAGCGGGCGAGGAGGAAGCGCCGCUGUCCAGCCCCAAACCCAGCGGAGGAGGCAAAAAUGGGCCGGAAAAAAAUCCAGAUCAGCCGGAUUUUGGAUCAGCGGAACCGGCAGGUGACCUUCACCAAGCGGAAAUUCGGGCUGAUGAAGAAGGCGUACGAGCUGAGCGUGCUGUGCGACUGCGAGAUCGCCCUGAUCAUCUUCAACAGCACCAACCGCCUGUUCCAGUACGCCAGCACCGACAUGGACAAGGUGCUGCUCAAGUACACCGAGUACAGCGAGCCCCACGAGAGCCGCACCAACUCCGACAUCCUCGAGACGCUGAAGCGCAAAGGGUUGGGGCUGGAGAGCCACGAGCUGGAGCUGGAGGAGGGCCCGGAGCCGCCCGGGGACAAGGGGAGAAGGCUCGGGGAGGGCGUGGAUCUGGCGCUGGCGCGGCCCAGGUUUUAUAGCCCGGUGUCCCUGCCCGAGGCCGCCUACGGCUGCUCCCCACCGGGCACCGACAGCUCCCUGGGCAGCGCCAGCAGCUCCCCGCAGGGCCAGGGCCGCUCUCCUGCCUUCAGAGCCACCGCUCCAAAGCCACCGGGACGGUCCCCAGGGCCACUGACCCCAGGUCUCAGCUACCCCCUGUUCCCUGCCGCCAGCCUGAGCCGCGCCCUGGCCACCAAGACGCCCCCGCCGCUGUUCCUGGGGGCCGAGGGCCGGCGUGGCGAGUCCCAGGGCAGCCUGGCGAGCGGCCGGAGCGGCGGCAGCGCAGCGCGGCCGCUGUACCCCGCCCUGCAGACCCUGAGCCCCGUGCUCAGCCCAGGCAGCUCCAGCCUCCCGAGCCACGGCCUCGCCGGUUUCUCCUUCCUCAGCCCGGCCCCGGCGGAUUUUGGGGCUGGAGAGGUCCCGCCGCCCCCCGGGUUCCUGCAGCCCCCGGCGUGGCAGCACCCCCGGGACGUGACAGCGCUGGGGGCCAGCAGCCGGAUUGUCCCCGCGGAGGAGCCAGCCGCUGUCCCCGGCGCGUCCCCGCAGCACCAGCCCGUCAGCAUCAAAUCGGAGCGGGUGUCGCCGGGGCUGGGCUGUCCCCCGGGCACCCUCCAGCCCUCCCUGAGCAGCCUGGCGUCCCUCAGCGAAGCCCCCCGAGCCCCCGGAGACCUCCAGCCCCGCGAUGAUUUCUCCAAGGCCUUUCCUCCCUCGGCGCUGGGGCCGCCGCGGCCGCUGCCGGACGAGCAGAGGGUCCCUGUCCCCACGCGGAGGGGACAGCCCGUGGACGUUUGGCAGAGAUAGCGAGGCCGGCGGGGUGCGGGGAGGGGGAAAACCCUGCUUGGGGGAG